AUGCUCAAGCAAAUGAUUACAUGCGGAAUGAAUGUCGCUCGUCUUAAUUUUUCGCAUGGAACUUAUGAGAGAAGGCUUACUCUUGCAGUGGAGCAACUUUAUUCAGGCCCAUCUUGCCGAUCAGUAGACAUGCUCAAGCAAAUGAUUACAUGCGGAAUGAACGUCGCUCGUCUUAAUUUCUCGCAUGGAACUUAUGAGUACCACGGUGGGACCAUCAAGAACGUUCGGCAGGCGGUUGAACAAAUGGGAGGAUCUCUUCAAAUCGGAAUCGCUCUCGACACCAAGGGACCAGAAAUUAGGACUGGCCUGCUGUCUGGUGGAGCCACCGCUGAGGUUAGAAGCAUGUCUCAGAUAAAGUACCUAAUUACCGAGGUGCCACUUAAUCUAAGAGUGGAAACAGUCUAA